AUGGUUCAGGCUAUACAGUCAGAUCAAAAGGUUUCGUGGUGGGGAUCGUGGUUUCAAAGCUCCAAAGCACCACCAAUCGCACCACGGGUCUCAACUAGUGAUGAUGUGGAGUUUCUGCGCAGACAAAUUAGGAGUCUCGAACGGACUAUCCGUGAAAGUAUUCAUUACACCACUCAACGUGAAGAUCCAGAUAUUUUAAUAGCAAGGCAGACAAUAGAACAGUUGAAGCAGGAAAAAAAUGACGAAAGAGAGCGAACGGAGCGACUUAAGGUCGACCUCGGAGUCGAAAGAGAAGCACAUAAGGAUACUAGGCAAAUGGUCACUGAGCUAAAAACUGAAGCCGCCGCUGAGAGGCAAAACAUGGCUGGAUUGAGAAAUGAAAAUAAGAACCUUCAACUAGAGAUUGCCGAUCUCAGAAGUGAAAGGAGAAGAAGUGCAAAGCACGGUGAUAAUGACGACGAACGCAACAGUCCCAGGGCGAAAUCUUCAACAGACUUGAUUCAUGUGAAUCUUGAAGGUCGAGAAUUACCAGCAACUGUACUCACCGAAGAUUUGACAGAACGUUGGAACGAUGUACUACAAAAUCAUUGGGAAUAUUCAACAUGGAUGGAUAAGCUUGUGCAAUUAAAGGAGGAAAAUGAAGAUCUACAGACGGACUUAUGGAAGAAGGCCUUGGGACCAGAAGAGGCCGCGACUCGUUACGAAGAAAACCAGGCAAUAAUAAAUGAAAUCAUACCCCGACGCGAUGCACUUCUUGUGUCAAUGCAACCUAACACAGAAUACAUAUUCGGAGAUAUGCGGAAAAAUUUGAGGAAAUAUGACCUAUAUCAAGAAGGAGACCUGUUCUGGAGAAGAGUAACGGGUUCAUUCGGCGAGACAGAUACAUGGCUAGAUCCACCAAUACUAGGCAAAGAGGAAGCAUUGGUUGUAUUGAAAGACUGGAAUAAAACAUGGAGACAAACGCAUGAAGGGUACACUGAGAGUGAAUGGGAGGAAUGGGAAAGGGGACAGGAAGGGCAACAAGAAGGGGGAGAGGAAGAGGAAGAGGAAGAUUACCUAGCUGGUUCUUUCAUGUAA